CAAUGGAUUGAUCUGAUAUAUCAGUCAGUCUGUCGUUCGUUCGCCUACCUACCGCACGGCACGGCACGCAGCCAUGACACAAACAUCCAAAGCAUCCAUCCAUCCAUCCAUUCACACAUGCAGAGCAGACAAGGGGCCACAGCCAGCCAUCAAACAACAACAAAUGCAGCCAGUCCCACGCCACUCAUCGAUCACAUGAAUGGCUGCAUCCAUGGAUGGCCACACAGGCAGCCAGGCAGGCAGGCAGGAAGGCAGUGUCGUGCACGUCGCCAGCUACAAUUGAUAUCCGACGGACGGGGGGAGGGGGGGCCCUUGGUAGCGCUCUGUCCUCGUGCGUCUGUUUUCCCGCCCAAUUAUCUGUAGGUCUGUCUGUCUGUCUGUCUACCUCUCUCUUAAACUGAUUCCAGCCACGGCAAACAGACACACGGCAUGCAGGCAACACGAAACGCGCAGACAGACAGGCAUCUGUGGGCAUCAUGUCAUGCAUACACACACACAUCACAUCGGUGGAUGGAUUCGCUAUCUCUCUCUCUCCCUGCCACUCUCGCACUCCCUCCCUCCCUCCCGGUAUCGUAUCUUGCCGCCCGCCAUGCCGCCCGCACACAGCCUCUAAUCCCUUUAUCCAUUCAGCCAUGCAGCCAUCCACCAUAAGCUGCACCAACAGGGAGCACACACACACACGAAGAUUGUAUGGGGCACAUUCUUCGUUUUGUUGUAUGUGUGCGUCAGCUUCGUACCGUGUGUAUGUGUGAAGGCCAUCCCAUGCACUACCGUAUCCUCCUCUCAGCAGCACAUGCACUGCUUGCACAGCGGACCACAGAAAUGUAAGCAAUGGCAUGGUGUGGUGCGUCUCUCUCUGUCUCCCUCCGUGUGUGUGCUGCAUGGCUUACCUUCUUGCCGCGUCUCUGGCGGGCAGGGGGCUCGUGCAUCCCACGCCGCCCGGCCUCGCCGAACUCUGUGGUCACACACACGUACAUCCAGGCACACAGACAAAGAUGGCUGUCUGUUUGUCUCUGUGAUGUUUUGUGUGUGGGUGGGUGGGUGGGUACGUUGUGUGGUGUUGAGUGUGAGCCCCUGUGCGGGUGGGUACGGCGACUCCUUCUGAGGGAGGUAGCCCUCGGCGCCGAACUGCAGCUGGUUGGCCUGCUCGGCCGACAUCUGCUGCACCUUCAUCGUGAUGUAGCCCUUCGACACGCGCUUGCUAGUCGGCUGAAACAACCCUCUGGCAAAGGAGGCAGAGAGGAGAGGAGGGGAGCGCGUGUGUUGUGUUGUCUUGUGUUCCGUGGCGUGUGGGGCCGGUGGUUGGGAGUGCGUGUGUGGCGCACAGCCUGCCCUGCCUACCCCUCAGAGUAGAGGGGGUAGGUGCGUUCGACGCCCAGCUGGGGGUCCUGCCACUUGAGGUCCACCGAGGUCGAGCCUAUCGUGUCGCCACGGAAGAAAUCCUAAGGCCAGACACACACGCGGAGAGAGAGAUGGGAGGAGUGACGCCGUGGGUGGGUGGAUGGAUGUGUGUGUGUGUGUGUGGUGCAGGUACCUGUUCGAUGACUUUGAUGAAGAGUUGGUUCUCCCCGCUGUAGGGCAUGAUGAUCUUCUCUGAUGGAUGGACCAACGGACGGACGGACGAACGCAAACGUGACAUUCAAUGCGUGUGUCGUGUAUGUGUGUGUGGGCGUGUGUGUGGGAUACGGUAUCUGAAGUCGCAGUCGUCGAGUCUGGGGUCGCGGGUGCUCUUGACCGCCUGGGCCGGACCCACCUUGUACUGCUCACUGACAGACACCACAAGACACACACACGACAGAGAGAGAUGGAUGGAUGGAUGGCUGGAUGGAUGGAGGGCGACGCGAGUAACCCUUGUUUCUCUCUGUCUGUCUGUUGUGUGUGCAUGUGAUGUGGUUCUUUCUGUGCCUGGCGAUUUGGUUGUCGUUGAAUCCGGCCACGAUGAGGUAUUCGCUGCGGCCGAACUCAAUCCCGAAACGCGGCACCUCCGUCAAACGACCUACCGUCAACACCACCUACACAUAACACAAUACGACACAAGACAACCCAACACAAGACAAGACACGCAGUCGUAUGCACACUGUGGUGAGUGAGUGUAUGUCUCUCUCUCUCUCUCUCGUCCCUCUCCCUCUUGCUGUGUCGGCUUGGCUGCUUUGCUAGCUGUACUUACCACCUGUCCGUAGACCGAGGCGGAUCCUGCAGAGCCGUAGCUAUACAACUGCUGCACACCGUAGCCUGAUCACACACACAUCACACACGACACGACACGACACGACACGCGUACACACGAGGCCCCCACCAUCACCUCAUCCCUCCCACCCCACCCCGUCCCAUCUGAUCCAUCUGAUCUCAUCUCUCUCACCUACCUUCAGCGGGUGGGUAUGGGCUGGUGUAGGUCCCAUACAGCCCCUGGCUGGUCCCCGGUGCCGCGUAGGUUAUCCCCGCCCCUCCCCCAUACCCCCCCGCAGGUGUGUAGAAUGACGUGGUGGCGGGCGCCGCCACGUGGAAACUCUGGGUGGCCGGUGCCGCCGGGUACACCGACGGCCCCACGGCAAACGACAUGCUCUGCGGCAAGUUGACACCCUGCGGCGCGGCAGACGUGUAGUACGUCUGCCCGCCCACACCGCCCACACCCACACCCGGGGCGGCCGUGUAGGUCUGCCCGAUGGCGAAUGAGGCCGCGUGUGGGAGUGCCGUGUAGGUGAGGUUCUGUGUACCCAGGGGCUGGGCCGCCUGGUACCCAACCGCCUGGGGGACCGACGGGUAUGUGUACGAUGCGGGUGCCUGCGCCGUGGGGUUGGCGUAGGUGUAGUAGGGGGCCGUCGCGGGGCUCGUGAGGUUGAGGCCGGCGUACGGAUCCGCCGAGGCGCCAACCGGCGUGCCAACCGUGCCACCAAUCACACUCCCCUGCAUGGACACAGAGAGCAUUCAGAAAAGGCGGAAUAUGUUCUGUUUCUGCAAUUUUGGUGGUGCGUUGCGUUGCUCACCGAGAAGGGGGGGUUCUGCGAAUACGAGUAGUUCUGCGAGUACGAGUACGGAACCUGAGAAUACGGGUCAGAAGGCUGCAAAACAGGACCACAGAGCCCAGAUGCACCAUCAUGGACGACCCACCGCCCAUCCUCUGCUCUCACCGAUGCGUAUGAGACGACUGUGCCGGCAGGGUAGCCCGAGGGCGCCGCGAGGGUCUGAGCUCCGUACACGGCCUGCCCCCCCGUCACCACCUGGGGCGCCACAGUCGCCGGGGCGGCCGCGGCAGCCGCGGCUCCACCAGAUGCAUCCAUCACAGCUACACUCACAACCUGAGAGGGCAAAAGGGAUGAAAUACGGUCGCCUUGGUGUGGAUCUGGCCCCUGAUGGUGUGUUCUGCUGACCUAUGGCGUCAAAACGCUUU